GAGGAGAGACAGAAGGUGGAGUGAGAGUAGCUACAGCGGCUCCAGUGCUUCUUCUCGGCCCGGAGGCUGACUGUUGACGGCCUCUUUACGAGGUGAACCUGCAACCUGGAUUGCAAAACAGGUGCAAAAGAGAGGAGAGAGGAGACGACGGGAAUGAAAGUGGAAUAGGAGAGAUAAGUAACGGGGAAAAAAGGGAGCGACAUCGCAAACCGAGCCACCGAGGAGGCAGCCCCCCCACCCCCCGGCCAGACGAGCAGGAUACAGGGAAGCAAAGAGGAGGACGAGGAAAUCAAGAUAAAUAAGAGAGGAAAAGGAGCUAUUAUCACCAGGCAGGCAUGGCAGAUGCAGAGCUGGACUUCCAGACGGGUGAUGCCGGGGCAUCCGCCACCUACCCCAUGCAGUGCUCUGCCCUGCGUAAAAACGGCUUCGUUGUGCUUAAAGGCCGACCCUGCAAGAUCGUCGAGAUGUCCACCUCCAAGACCGGCAAGCACGGCCACGCUAAGGUCCACCUGGUCGGUAUCGACAUAUUCUCUGGUAAGAAGUAUGAAGAUAUCUGUCCCUCCACCCACAACAUGGACGUCCCCAACAUCAAGAGAAUGGACUACCAGCUGAUUGGGAUCCAAGAUGGCUACCUGUCCCUGCUCCAGGACAGCGGGGAGGUGCGAGAGGACCUGAAGAUUCCCGAAGGAGACCUGGGCAAAGAGAUAGAGAGCAAGCACGAAGCUGGAGAGGAGAUCCUGAUCACUGUUCUAAAUGCAAUGGAUGAAGAAGCUGCAAUUGGCAUCAAAGCGUUGGGUAAAUAAGCCACUGCAGGGGCAAACGAGAUGCACUGGACCUGGGGAAAAGGAGGGGAUAUUGCCUCGUCAAUGCUAUCCUCCCUUUUUUCUUUCUUUUUGUCUUUGUUUUUCAUACUCUCUCUCUCUCCCUCUCUGUUUUCUUCUUGGGUUCAAUUAGAAAAGGAAUUGGAAAUGUCUAAUUGUAAACAUUCUUUAUGUUACACGCACACGUAAUAAAACCACAUCUGAGUCAGAUGUGAAUAGAUAAAAAGGUCGGCGGUGUCGAGGAAAGUGUGUCUCUAAUGAUCGAGUAGGUGUACAGAUAUUCAGUAGCUGCCUACCAUCAGGGAAAAGAAAGCUGGUGAUCAUGUCACAACUGUUGUUUUUUUAUAUGUUCCCGUUUAACGAAGGGCUUCAACUCUGGAUCUGCAUUGUUCUGUUGAGGCUUGUUGUCUAUUAAAACAAAAGGUUACCAACGUGGCACACCGAGGUUCAGUUUCUUUCUGUCUCAAGGAAACAAAACCCUGCUUCAAGAACAAAUUCUCAUCCGUUAAAAAAAAGUAUUUUCAAAAUUCUUUUUGCAGAGGCCGUCAGAGCGGGCCUUCACUUGGAGAAAUUGAGUGGGAUUUAAUUUGGCGUACUCCUGAACUUCGAGCGAUGAUUCAGGAGGCAGAUAAACUUGUGGCGGUUUGGUAUCCUUACUUUGUGUUCAUACAGCAAAUCCAAACUGUGCAGAAUGUCUCCAUGGCCAAAAAAAAUAAAGAUGACACAAACUGUUGGACGUGG